AACCCCGGGGACUCUUGGACUCCCCAUGGUUAGUAGAUAUAGUUUGCGAGCAGGAGGUCUGGCGAGCUCGACGCUUUCUCGAUGUCAGCUCAUCAAGCCACCUCAAGUCAUCAACUCUUUUGGCUGACUUCACACUGGUUUUGUUUCCCCCUGAUCCGUUGAUUAAACUCUCUUAUCAUAUCGCUCUACCCACAUACCAGCCCUUAAGUGUCAAUAUGGGCUGUGGCCCAAGCAAACCCCAAGCGAAACGCGGUGCCCAACAACAGCAAGGCGGGGUGCUCACCAUCGGAGCUCCGCAAGAUGUGAUGAUCCACGUUCCUCGAAAUCGAGUUGAUGAACACGGCCGUCCAAUACAACAGAUCACACGAGACAUUGAUCGUGACAUGCUUUCCGCUGCCCUCAAGCAUGUUGCGCGGUAUAUCGCUCAGCGUAGGCAGCAUGUCACAACAGUUGCCGUCGGCGGGGCAGUCAACAUUCUAUAUCUACGAUCUCGUUCAGUAACCCAUGACAUCGACGUCUUCGGCUCGGAUUUCACCAACCAGGAUCGAAGCCUCCUGGACGAAGCCAUGCAGGAUGCUCGGCGACGCUUCCCAGAACUCGGGACGGACUGGCUCAACACUGAAACGCAAAUGUGGAUGACGGGGCCAAUGCAUCAAGAGCUCACUGCUGGCGCCAGACGGCAGGAUGUUAGGAUUUUCGACGAAGCCGGCCUGACCAUCUAUGCUGCCCCGUGGGAAUACGCCUUCUCCGCCAAGAUCAGCCGUAUUCUCACAGGUGGUCAUCAAGCCCGGCCAUAUGAUCUCGCAGAUGCUGUCACUUACAUCCACCAGUACAUUCGUACUCAUGGCAACCAACCGGUCAGAGUAGCUACUGCCCUAGGGUGGGCAAGGCUGUACCAUCACGAGAUGACUGAGAAUAUCCUGCGCACUCGUGUGAACAGCGAGUAUCGAAGGCACUACUCUACCAAUGCCUUUGUCUAGGAUGAGACAAAGAGACAAGAUGAUUAUAAGCUACUCAUCCUUUCAUUUUCUCAGGCCUCCCUUCUUUGCUUUCCUUUUUUCUUUCUAUCUGUUUUUUUGCUUAUUUCUCUCUGGUUUCUUAUUUCUCCCCCGGCUCACCAACCCAACCCCCCAACUCUCCCCCCUUUUCUCCCCAUCUCCCCUUUUUUUUUAAAGAAUAUUGGACAGAGAGAACAGAGAGGUCAGACAGAGCAAGGAGAUAUGAUUGGGGAAAGAAACAAUGUUGUAC